AUGCCCGAAAAGGCACCCACCACCGUCCGCGACGCCGCCCCGCCACCCAGCAAGAAGCGAAAACAAUCGCCGCCCACCACCACCAGCGCCACCCCUUCCACCCCCUCUUUCCCACAACCCACCAUCCCCACCCUCUUCAAAACCGACAUCCACCCCACCCCCAAACGCCCCCGCUCCAAGCCCAGCACACCCCCCGCCGCAACCCCCACCAUCACCCAAGCCACAAUGCUCAACUUCCCCACCACCACACCCACAAUCGUCGACCUGACCGCCAGCCCCCCCCCGCCGUCCACCACACCCACGCCGGCGGCGGUGCGCCCGCGCCCGCCGCCGUUCCAGCCGCACGCCGGCGCACGCAAGCUGCAGAUCAAGAAUCUGCGCAAGCCGACCCGCGGCGACCCGGACGCCUACUUCACCGCGACGUGGGGGGCGCUCGACGCCGCGCUGGGCGCAAUCUUUGCCGGCGUCAAGAUCGCCGCGAGCCUGGAGGAGCUCUAUCGCGGCGUUGAGAACAUCUGCCGCGCAGAGAGGGGCCAGCAGCUGGCGGAGCGGCUGAGGAGGCGCAUGGAUGCGUAUGUGGGUGGGAAGCUGAAGGCGGAGGUGGAGGUGGGCGUCGAUGGGGGGGAGGUGGUGAGGGAGGUGGAGAGGGCGUGGAGAAAGUGGAAUGAGCAGUUGGGCAUGAUUCGGUCGAUAUUCCUGUACCUGGACCGGUCGUACCUGCUCCCCUCGAUCAAGGAGAAGCCCAUCGAGGCCAUCGGCCUCGACAUCUUCCGCAAACACAUUGCCACAGACGCCACCCUCGAGCCACUCUUCCUCCGCGGCAUCUUCACCCUCAUCGACACCGACCGCCGCACCGACAGCGAUGGCGCCACCCCCGCCCAGUCCCACAACAUCCCUCUCCUCCUCUCCUGCAUCCGCAUGGUCUCCAACCUGGGCAUGUACAACCACGCCUUCGAGCCCCAAUUCAUCACCUUCUCACGCACCUACUUCUCCCAGCUCGCCGCCGCCGAGUCGUCCAGCCAGCCCCUCAGCAGCUAUCUGCGCACCACGUCCACACAGCUCGAGCACGAGACAGCCCGCUGCGACCGCUUCACCCUCGAGCAGUCGACCAAGCGCGACCUCAUCGCCGUCAUCGAGGACGAAAUGGUGCGCAAGCGCCUCACCACGCUGACCGACACCGCGUCCGUCGGCGCGCUGCUGGCCGCCCGCGACCAGCACCCCCUCGCCCUCCUGUACACGCUGCUCACGCGCGUGGGGUCCGCCGGCGACGCCCUCCGCCCCGCGUGGGAGGCCCACAUCACCGCCACCGGCACGGGCAUCGUCCAGGACGACGAGCGCACAGAGGAGAUGGUCCCGCGCCUGCUGCAGUUCAAGCACGCGCUCGACCAGAUUCUGUCGCAGUCGUUCCACAAGUGCGAGACGCUCAGCUACGCGCUGCGCGAGUCGUUCGCCAAGUUCAUCAACGCCCGCCGACCCGGCGCCUCGGCCGCGGCAAACAGUAAGCCCGCGGAGAUGAUCGCCAAGUUUGUCGACCUGCUGCUGCGCACGGGGACGAAGGGGCUGCCGGCGACGACGUCGCAGGAGAUGUGUGCGCUGGCGGCGAGGGCCGGCGAUGACGAUGCGCAGCUGGCGUUCAUGCUGGAGUGGGUGCUGGACUUGUUUAGGUUCAUCCAGGGGAAAGAUGUGUUUGAGGCGUUCUACAAGAAGGACCUUGCGCGGCGGCUGCUGAUGGGGCGGAGCGCGAGCGCGGAUGCGGAGCGGAUGAUGAUCACGAAGCUGAAGACGGAGUGCGGCGCGGGGUUCACGCAUAACCUCGAGGGCAUGUUUAAAGACGUGGACCUCUCGCGCGAGGCCGUCGCAUCCUUCAAGUCCCGCACCGGCAGCAGCGGCGCCAGCAGCGGGAGCGAUGUGGACCUGUACGUCAACAUACUCAGCCAAGCGGCGUGGCCGUCGUACCCCGAGGUGCCAAUCGCCAUCCCGCGCGACAUCGCAGCACACACAGAGGCCUUCGAGGCCUUCUACGUCAGCAAGCACAGCGGGCGCAAGCUCGUGUGGCGCCACAACCUCUCCCACUGCGUUCUCCGCGCGUCGUUCCCAAAGGGCAACAAAGAGCUCGUUCUCUCCGCCUUCCAGGCCGUCGUGCUACUACUCUUCAACGACGUCCCCGCCGGCACGCCACUCUCCUUCGCCGACCUGCUCGCCGCGACGAGUCUCCCCGCGGACCAGCUGGCGCGGACGCUGCAGAGCCUGGCGUGCGCAAAGCACCGCGUGCUGGCCAAGAGCCCCCGUGGCAGAGAUGUGGGCGUGGGCGAUCGGUUUGUGCUGAAGGAGACGAAGGAGGAGAACCGCGAGACGCAUGAGGGCGUGGCGAGGGACCGGCAGUAUGAGACGCAGGCGGCGGUGAUAAGGAUCAUGAAGGGGCGCAAGAAGGUGAGGCAUGCGGAGCUGGUGGGGCUGGUGAUUGAGCAGACGAGGAAUAGGGGCGUGUUGGAGGUGGCGGAUAUCAAGAGGAAUAUCGAGAGGUUGAUUGAUAAAGAGUACAUGGAGCGCGUGGAGGAUAACGUCUAUGUCUACGUCGCAUAG